UCAGCUAGAAAUUAGUGCGACUGAGUCUUUCGAUUUGGAAUGAUGCUAUCCGCAGGAUGGAUAGCUUUAUGCACCUUGCUGCUGUUCAAAAAUGGGUUAGCUAUAUUUUUGGAACAGAAUUGUGGCAAAGUUUUCGCCAACCAAACAUCAGGAAGUCGCGAACCUUGGCUGGCUACAAUUCUAACUAAAACGGAACGUAAAUUCAUCUGCAGUGGCACGCUUAUAAACAGACAUUACGUACUGACAACUGCGACUUGCUUAGAAAAUCAACUAGAACUCAUCGUGUGCCUGGGAAAGUGCGACGCAAAUGUUGAUAGAGAUACCGAAGUCACGACUCGCAUCACUCACAUAUCAUAUUCGGCCAACAGCCAUGUGAACGAUAUAGGUUUAAUCUACUUGUUCCCGGACGUUGAGUACAAGUCACAUAUAAAACCGAUAUGCAUUCUGUUAGAUCCCGAACAGAUUUGGCCUAAAUCAAACUUCGAUAGCACUUUAUGGUCUGGCAUUGAAUACAAGACAAGUUUUGUAAACUCUACCUGUUCUGGCCCACCAUGCAAAGCUAUUGGUAAGCCGUUAAGCCUACCAAAUGAUGAUGGACUCUUCGUUCUUCAAGGAAUCUUAAGUUUUCGAGACCACAGAACUAAUGCUUACGUUUAUACCAAAGUUUUCGCCUUUAGCGAGUGGUUGGUAGCAAAUGUUCUAGAUGUUGACAUACUUUUAAGAUAACCGGCAGAAAAUGAAACCAUUAAAAUUGAUCGCUAA